AUGUGUGUCGGUGACAUAUUAGGAAUGUGUCUUGGUCCAAUAGCGACGUGUGCUAAAUAUCUAUGCGGUGCUUUAGGACUUGGAUUGCUUUUUACAGCAGGGGCAGUUGGAAUAGAUUUGAUGGCAGAUUGGCCAAUAAUUUUAAUAAUUCUUGCAUCAAUAUUAGCAUUAAUAUGGUGUAUAAUGGCAUAUUGUGGUGCAUUAUCAGAGAGAGACGAUGAACCACAAUAUUUAGCAAAGUAAUUUGAAUUGAUAUGUGAAACUUAAGAAAUCGUGAGAUAAUAUGAAGUAUUCAAUCAAAUAAUAAUAGGUAAGGCAUAAUUACGCAAGUGAAUUGGCUGAUGGAUGCAUUCAAAUAUCAAAUACAAUAAUAGGAAUGUUCUUUACAUAAUUGAUAUACGCCCUAAUCUUAUUGAUUUUGUUUCUGUUGUCAACUGUAUCAAUAUGAAAAUAUAUAUGUAGAUCUGGUUCAUUCCUGUCGGAACUAAAGCAGGAUUCAUAGUAGGUUUAUUUUUUGGAUUUGCAUCCAUAACAAUAAUUGCAUGGACAGCAUACACAUUUGCAGGUCGAUCAAUAUGCAAAGUGAUAACAACUGCAAUUUAAAAUAAAUGGGAGCUAUAUGAUUUUAUGUACACUGUAGGUUUUGGAGUAGUUCUAAUGUGCAUAGCAUCUAUUUAUUUUAUUUUCUUAAUAUUAUUCUUCUUGUUUAAGAGUUUGUAAGGAUUAAGUAAUGAUAACAAACCAUAAGAUAAAUUACAAUUGAUGGGCAUAUGCUGUUGUGGAUAUGCUUUAGGAAUAAUAGUUUGUGCAUUUAUAUAUAGAGAAUCAACAAGUAUACUGGGUAGAAGUAUAUUUAACGCAAUUGAUGGAUUGAUUAAAUGCGAUAGGAAUUUAAGUUUCAAUAACCCAUAUAUUUCAUCACCUACAAAAUUAUUAUAUGUGAUUUCCAACAUAAUUAGUACAUAAAUAGUGAAUUUGUUGGACACAGCAAUAUGUAUAGCAGUAUUAACAGUUGGAGGAUUUGUAAUAUUUUCUAAUUCAGAGGAAGUAUCUAAAGAAAAUAUUACAUGGAAAUCUUUAUUAGCUCCAACAUUAUAUUUUUGUGUAAAUGUCUUCUGUGCAGUGAUUGUUUAAACAAUGAAGAGCAUGAUUUGGGAUAAUGAAGUAGUGAGAUUCACAAAAAUGAACAUCAGAUAAUAAGUGUUAAUUACUCAUUUAAUGACAUUAUUCAUAUUCUUUUUCAUGCCAAUGGUAACAAUUCUAAAACAAUUUUCAUUAAAAGGAAUUGAAGCACCUGAAACAUUGGCUAAAGAAGACAUUACAAUAAGAAAGAUUACCUAUUGUUGUAUUUUGGGUCAAUUAAGCAAUUUAGUAUUAUUAUCAAUAGGAGAAUGGAUGACAUCACAUGGAUGCUAACCAGUUAGAAAUUUGGUAUCAUAUAUAAAUCUAUUAAGAGGCAUUAUCAUCAUCUGAAAGAAUAUUAACAUAAUCAUUUAAUUAUGCUACUUUUUUGAGUGCUUCUGGAUAAAUCAUCAUAGUAUUAACCUUAGGAAUAAUAGCAACAGCUGCACAUGCUUUAGCAGGAUAUGCAGGAAUCUUAGCAGCAGCAGCUGGAUUUUUAAUCAAUGUUUUAAUCAUAAUUCCACUUUAUUAUAUUGGAUCUAUAUCUUAAGAUGGAGCAAAAUUAUGUGCAGCAUCUCACGUUACAUAAGUAGUAUCAGAGAGAUUUACAAAAAUGGCAUGGGCAGCUAGAAAUUAUAUGAUUUAUUUAAAAAUCACAAAUGCUGGUUCAGCCAUUUUAUUAGCAUUAACCUUUCUUGGAGGUGCUCUUUAUUUAUUUAAAGUCGAUAAUAAUCCAUUGAUUGAUUUUAAUGGUAUUUUUGGAAUACUAUUUGGAAUUGGAUUGGCAUUCCUUAUCAAGGGUAUGACAGUUGGCUCUGUGAUUUCAAUAUCUAGGAUAUUUGAUCUUAACAUUUAUGAAAGUGGUAUUGCAGCAGAGAUAGCCAAGAGAAAUAAUCUCACAUUAAGCAGAUUUUUUGAGAGUAAACAUUUACUAGCAAUAAUUUGGGUUUACAUUAUAACAAUUACUGACACAAUACUAUUAUUUAUUUUUGCAUAUUUCUUUGGUAAGAGAGGUUCUCCAGGAUUUCUCUUAGGACAUACAGUAAUAAUAUUAUUUUUGAUGUGUUAUUCUAUUAUUAAUGGAACUGCAAUGAAACAAAGUCGUUAUUAUAAUGAAGGUAUAUUAUAAAUUACUAUUUAAAGUCGAUGAUAAAUUAUCAAAAAGAGGAAACAUUUAUUAAUCCUGUGUUUAAGGAGAUAUGUUAGCUACUGUUGUUGAAGAAAGCACAGCAAUUCCUCUUAUUGUUUACUUAUUAUACAACAUAAUUCUUGUUACAUGUGCUUAUCCAUAUUUUGGAGGUGAAGGGUAUUUAUUUAAAUUUAAUUUAUUAGAGAUUUAUUUGUUGAAAAAGAAGCAGAAACAAAGUUUUUCUGA